AUGACGAGACUCAAGGAGGAUCAUGCUGCUGAGCAUGAAGUUCUUAUGGCAGAGCGUGAUGAAGCUCGUGCAGAGACAGUACGACUGCAACAUCAAGUGCAACAGUCGGUGGGGGAAACCUCAGGAGGCGCCAUGCUCUUAGUGGGUUCACCUGACAUAUUUCCAGAGGCUGAGUCUGACGAGGCACGUGUCCCAAGAGAGGCGGAUACCAGAAUUGAAGGAGUUCCAUCCGAGGAGGUGGUGAUGCAUCGUGAUAAGGAAUGCCCCACAUAUAUCCCACCUAUUAUUUGUGGAUGA